UUUCAUUUUUGGGUGAAUUAUCCCUUUAAGUAAGUUUGGAGGACUUGCGAGCCUCCGCGCCGUUGAUGGCAGCACUUCUAAUGUGCAGCGGGAUUAUCCGCACGCAGACUCGACCAUGUUGACAGAGAAAUACAACAAAGGAGACGAACUGCUUGUAGUGACAUUAACCAUUUUCUUUGGUUGAAGUGAUUUACUUCAAAUAUACUGAAGCAUACAGCGUCGAUACAAGCAAAGGGUGGCACAGGUGUUGGAUCAACUGGAAGACGAAACAAGAAAGGCUCUACUACUCUAUAAUUCCCAUUUACACAUAGCCUACACACUUAUAUUCAUCUUUACAUCUCUGACUACUCGGCAAGCAUAUACUUGGAAGUUGAAACAAAAGGUUGUUAAAGGAACUGAAGGUAAUACAUGUGUUUGGUCCCGUUUGGCCUUUGGACUGCAGUCAUGCUGAAGUGUUGCCUUGUUAAUGAACAUUCCCAACUUUGAAUGUGAAGAAUUCAACCCUCAGAUGCCGUGGAGUGAAUCUUGCCUGCCAGACAACUGUAUAGAUGAACUGAAUCUAACUAUGACAUGAUCAGGAGAUCCAAGAAUUUAAAUGCACAAGGAAGAGUGAGAAUCUGUUUAAGUAACUAUUGCAAAAGUAACACGAAGACAAUAAGAAAGUCGUUCUGAUCACAGGAGCAAUAUUUAUGCUAAAGCUCUUUCUUUAGUUCAGAUUGCCUUAGCUGUUCUUUUGCAGGACUAGUCAUUAUUCACACCUGUCCACGUAUAAUUUUCUAUACUGUGUGCAGGUGUACUAUAUUUAUGCACUUAAAUAUUUAUUUCUCUUCUUUUGGAAGAGCUUUCCCAUUAAACCUUCUGUGACAGCAGUUGCUCUUAUUUAAAGAGGUAAGCUGUGCAUUGAGUUUGUAAACAUCUCAUAAGAUUCUUUAAUGAAGAUUUUUACUGAGACCUUGUGGACACUUUAAAUGCUUUAUUAGAUCUUAUAUAAACCUUCGUAAAGCAUUGAAAAGUGGCAAAGAAAAAGAUUUAUAACCUUCUAAGAAAACAAAAAACCUAUAAAGAACUGAUCUAAUGGCAACAAGGAUGGAGAAUGUUGGCCCUGCUGUCAUGGGGAUGAACAAACACAACAUGCAGCUUAAAGGCCAGCCUAAUGCAAUCUCUCAAGUAGGACCCCAAACUGCACCCCAAGGUGCUAAACCUGGAAAAGAACCCGCAGAAACUCAGAAACCUGCCAAUGUCUCUCAAGAAGGACCUGGCAUCAGGUUUGGUGACGACUGGAAAAAAAGCCUAGAGCUCCCCCCUAUGGACAACAGAGUCAAAACUUCUGAUGUCACUGCCACAAAAGGGAAUGAGUUUGAGGACUACUGCCUGAAGAGAGAGCUGCUGAUGGGCAUAUUUGAGAUGGGCUGGGAAAAGCCCUCCCCUAUUCAGGAGGAGAGUAUCCCUAUUGCUCUCUCUGGCCGUGAUAUACUGGCCCGUGCCAAAAACGGGACAGGAAAGAGUGGUGCUUACUUGAUUCCCCUGCUGGAGAGAAUUGACCUGAAAAAGGAUCACAUUCAGGCAUUAGUUAUAGUUCCCACCCGUGAGCUCGCGCUGCAGGUCAGUCAGAUCAGUAUUCAGAUUAGUAAGCACCUGGGUGGCGUCAAAGUCAUGGCAACCACAGGUGGGACUAACCUACGAGAUGACAUCAUGCGCCUGGAUGAGACGGUUCAUGUUGUUAUAGCAACACCAGGCAGAAUUUUGGACUUGAUAAAAAAGGGUGUGGCCAAAAUGGAUAAAGUUCACAUGAUGGUUAUGGAUGAGGCAGACAAGUUGCUCUCCCGGGACUUUGUGGUUCUUAUUGAGGAGAUCAUUGGUUUCCUUGCGAAGAACAGACAGAUUCUGCUCUAUUCGGCUACCUUUCCCAUCAGUGUACAGAAGUUCAUGACGAAGCACCUGCAGAAGCCCUAUGAGAUUAAUCUGAUGGAAGAAUUGACUCUGAAGGGCAUUACCCAGUACUACGCUUAUGUCACAGAAAGACAGAAAGUGCAUUGUCUCAACACACUGUUUUCCAGGUUGCAGAUCAAUCAGUCCAUCAUCUUCUGUAACUCUACUCAGAGAGUGGAACUUUUGGCCAAGAAGAUCACCCAGCUGGGCUACUCCUGCUUUUACAUUCAUGCAAAAAUGAUGCAGGAAUAUAGAAACCGUGUUUUCCAUGACUUUAGAAAUGGACUCUGCAGAAAUCUUGUCUGCACAGACUUGUUCACUAGAGGCAUUGACAUCCAGGCAGUAAAUGUGGUCAUCAACUUUGACUUCCCCAAGAAUGCAGAGACCUAUCUGCAUCGCAUAGGACGCUCAGGAAGGUUUGGACAUUUGGGUUUGGCUAUCAACCUCAUUACCGCAGAGGAUCGCUUUAACAUGAAGGCCAUUGAGGAUCAGCUGAUAACAGACAUCAAACCCAUUCCCAGCAGCAUUGAUAAGAGCCUGUAUGUUGCAGAGUUCCACUCUGUUAACCCUGACUGUGAGGUGGAAGCAGAGGAGGGAGAGACCCAUCGCCCUGGCAAAGAGCCCCAAGCCUCUUAAGCACCACCAAAAGCAGGACAAUAAGAGAAACUGAACUUUUGUACAAACCAGUUACUGCUCCACUCAUAUUUGUCCUCCCAAUGUUUUGUUAAUUUUUGCAUUGAUUUUUUAUUGUUUUGAUAUUCGUGUCUGUCAGACUUGGUAGUAUGCUUUGCACCAGAGACCAAGACUGACUUAUGCCUCUUUAGAAAUGACCACACACAUUCCAGUUGGUCCAAUGGAGACUUGCAAUAAAAACCUAUUCAGAUAAGUGUUCCUGUUUGAAAGGAAAAAUAAAGGCAUUGGUGAAACUGUAGAGUUGCAUGCAUGCAUGCAUCAUUAGUCAGUGUUCACAGUGCAAAUAAUGCCCACCAUUCACUCGCUUGAUCAAUUUAAGCAACGCAUGAGUCUUUAUGAGACCGCUUUCCUGCACUCAGUCUCACAGACAAACACAAGAACAAAACUUGUUCAACCCAAGUGCCUUAAUAUGUCGCCUCUGUCUUCGAUUCAUAUACAGUAUUUCUAAAGGCUAAAAUGCAGACAUAUUCAUGCUGCUUGAUUCUAUGAAAGAAUCGUUGGUUUUCAUUCUAAGAAGAGUAGUGUUUUCAAAGGUUUUAACUUGGAGGAUUGCACUAUAUUGUGAUGAGUUCACGCAAAAACAUGUUUCAACAUUAAAAUAGGUGCAUUUUGUAUUUCUAAUCUCUGAUUAAUUAGAUACAAAAUCUCUGACUAAUGUUUUUGGAGAGCAGUGUAAUGUAUUAGGAAGCAUAGAAGUAAACAGUGAUGGUUUCAAUACAAAGUGGUACUCCUGAAAGAACUUGAGCUUAUACUGCAUUUAAAUUAGAAAGGUCCAGAG